UCACGACGCCUGUGUGGUUUCCAAGGCGCAGUUUGUCAACAGCAGCUAUCUAAGCUAGCAAACGUCGGCCAUGUAUCGGUAAAUGUGUCGUUGUCAGAUGUUUUAGGCAAAGGGUUAACUCGUCGUCUGUAUUUAGUAUCUAUAUUUUAUCUGUAUCCACCUUAUAACCGUCAGCAACAAAUCCACUGGCCUUAGAGAGCUUUUUGUUGGCUAGCUACCUGACAGCACAGUGCUAAAUUAUCCUCGUUAGCUCGCUAAUCCACGAAAAAAGAGGACUGAGGACGUCAUAGUACUCAAGUUUCAAAGUUUUCGAGAUGAGUGAGCAGCUGAAAUUUAUCGUUGAACAACUCAACAAAGCCCCCUUCAAGAAAAAGUUCAACCUCAUCACUUUUGAUUCCCUGGAGCCGAUGCAGCUGCUGCAGAUUUUAAAUGAUGUUCUGGCUGAGAUAGACCCAAAGCAAGCUAUUGACAUCCGUGAAGAAAUGCCUGAGCAGACUGCAAAGAGAAUGUUCACUCUGCUGGGAAUGCUGAAAUACAAGCCUCCUGGAAAUCCCUCUGAUGUGAGCAGUUUCAGACAGGGUCUGGUGACUGGCAGCAAACCUGUGAUCCACCCUAUCCUACACUGGCUGCUGCAGAGGGUCCCAGACCUGAAGAAGAGGGCUUACUUGGCUCGUUUUCUUGUCAAACUGGAGGUGCCUGCAGAGUUCCUGCAGGAUGAUGUCAUCAAUGACACCUAUCACCAGUAUGAAGAGCUGGUGGAAGGAUUUAAGACGUAUCACAAGGAGUGUGAGCAGCUGAGGACUUCAGGCUUCUCCACAGCAGAAAUCAGAAGGGACAUUAGUGCAAUGGAAGAGGAGAAAGAUCAGCUAAUCAAACGUGUGGAGAGAUUGAAAAAGAGGGUGGAGUCAGUGUCCAACCAUCAACGGAUGCUGGAGCAGGCCCGACAGCUCCGUGUGGAGAAGGAGAGAGAGGAGUCCCUUGCUCAGCAGAAGCAAGAACAGAGGAACCAACUGUUCCAGGCAGAGCAGAGACUGCAGAGGUCUCAGCAGCAGUUGAAGGAUCUGCGACAGGCAGCAGCAGAUGCCAAUCCAGAGAGCUUAAUGAAGAGGCUGGAAGAGGAGAUCAAGAUCAACUCCUACAUGGUCUCUGAAAAACUCCCCAAAGAGCUGGAAAGCAGGAUUCGCACAGAUCAGUACCUGCAGAAGGUUGUGUCAGAGCCUGCCAUGGGCCAGGCUGAGCUCCAGGAGCUGGACGACAAGAUCAAAGAGGUGAACGCUCAGAUAAACCAGCUGAUCGAGAAGAGGAUGAUGAGAAAUGACCCCAUGGAUGACAAACUGACUCUUUUCAGGCAGCAGGCCUCCAUCAUCAUACGUAAGAAGGAGACAAAGGCAGAGGAGCUGCAGGAAGCGAGGGAGGAGCUAGCAGCAGCAGAGAGGGACCUGGCCCAGAGGACCAACCAGGCACGAGAUCCAGAUGGACAUAAGGUCGUCCGGGGUGACGAGCUGAAGCGUUUGGUGGUAAAACUGCGCAGCAAGGGAACAGUUCACAAGAAGAAGCGCCAGCAGAUUGCCGAGCUGAAAGCAGAAUAUGGCGUCCUGCAGCGGACAGAGGAGGUUCUCAAACAGAGGCAUGAGGACAUCCAACAGCAACUGCAAACCAUGGAGGCUCAGAAGGGGAUCUCUGGCUACAGUGACACCCAGGAGGAACUGGAGAGGGUGUCAGCCAUCAAGAGCGAGCUGGACGAGAAGAAGGGCCGCACACUCGACGACAUGUCUGAGAUGGUGAAGAAAUUAAACUCGGUGAUAGCGGAGAAGAAGUCGGCUCUAGCCCCGAUUAUAAAAGAACUGAGGUCACUGAGACAGCGGUGUCAGGAGCUGACUCAGGAAUAUGAAGAGAAGAAGGCCCACUAUGAAAGCUGUGCUGCUGGACUGGAGAGCAACAGAUCCAAACUCGAGCUGGAGGUAAAAACACUGAGAGAGGAGACUGCGCAGGAGGAGAACCGAUACCAUUAUAUCAACAGCAUGACAGAGAUCAUUGGGGUACAGCUGCAGCGGGCAGCCGAGGAGACAAAGGCCUACGUGUCCUCUGAUCCGCAAGAAAGGAAGAAGGCCAUAAGGGAAGUGUACAUGAAGAACAUUGCAGAACAGGAGUCACUUGGCAAGAAGCUGCGUGAGAAGCAGAAGACGGUGAGGGAGAGCCACGGUGACAACAUGAAGCAGAUGAAGAUGUGGCGUGACCUGGAGCAGCUGAUGGAGUGCAAGCGCCAGUGCUUCGUCAGAGCCCAGAGCCAGGCCUCGAUUGGCCAGGUAAUCCAGGAGGGAGGAGAGGACAGGCUGGUGCUGUGAGGCUCCUCCUCGCAGGGUCACAGAGAUUCACUACAGAGAAUCGCUCAGCGGGACACUCCUUACUGUAUCACAGUGAACAUUGUGUUCCUUUUCAGCAAAAUGGAUUAUUUAUGGUCAUAUGUAACUUCAUUUUGAGGUCCUACCUAAAUUACAUUUGUGGUUUUUAAUUAAGUUAGGGAGAGUUGUUCAAUAAGAGGUACUUGGUACAAAGUUUGGUUCCUUGGGUUCAUCUUUCCUACCAUCUCCUCCGUGAUGCAACACUGUUUAGUUUCACUUGAUAGCUUAUCUCGUGGAAAGGACACUCUCCCAGUGAUGACACUGUUUGAGAUGCUUCAUGACUCCAAGGCUGAAGGAACAUGUGUACAAGGAGGUGUCGAAGGAUAAGGGCUUUCACUUUCUCUGGCCCACUGACUUCAAACAUGCCCCCCAGCCUCCGUUUUGACACAUCUUUAAGAAUACACUUUCAAUCAGUGUGCAAUGAUAACGGUGUACAAAGUGCUGCACUUGGGACAUGGCUGCUCGCCACUAUUUUUGGCAACAGCCAUGACCUUGGACAUGGUCUCUUGCCAAUUUUGGAAUUCUAUGGGCCCUCCAUUGUUUCAAGCACGGCAGCACAGAUAAAAUAGUCAUAGUAUUCCACUUUCUUCUAUUUUGUAUCAUCUUUAUAUAUUUUUCUAACUUUCAAUCCACCUCAGCAAAAAUAAUCCUACUAUGUAACUAAUAAAUAGUUAUAUUUUGACACUUGUGCAUUUCUAUUAAAUACAUGCGUUGUCUCAA